AUGACUCAGAUUGGACAUCGGGAUCGGUAUUCCUGGUCCAAGAGUGAGUAUCUAGUCCGGUCGGGGGCCGCCCGGCGACAGACCGCGAAUGGCAGCUCGGAGCAGAAUGGACAGGAACACCCGGGUUCAUCGCGCAAGACAUUUCGUAUUGACUUAUACGAUCGGCACCGAUUGUCCAGUAGCGUCGCGGGCGGUGAUUUUAGAGUUCGGGUGUGGUGUUGA